GAGGUUACAACCAACUCAUUUACCCACCAUGCUAGCUUAAUUCUAUCUCUUACUCUUUCAACUUUUGAUGAUCAUAUAUUUUUCAAAGCUACUCAACUCACUCCACACUGCAUCAUCUUCUUCCUCCAAUCUCUCACUUUAUCACCACUAGACUAUUAUUUUUCCAGGUUUGAGAGAGAAAGAGAAGAUGAUGAAGCAGUUUUCAGUUCAAGUUGAAGAAGGAAAGGAAGGCAAGGAUGGGAAGCCUUCAGUUGGUCCAGUGUACAGAAACUUGCUUUCCAAGAAUAACUUUCCUCCAGCUGAUCCUGAAUUAAGUACAGCUUGGGAAAUAUUCAGCAAAUCUGUUGAGAGAUAUCCUGGAAAUCGAAUGCUCGGAUGGCGAAAACUUGUUGAUGAAAAGUGGGGGCCUUAUGUUUGGAAAACAUACAAGGAAGUUCAUGAGGAAGUUCUUCAAAUUGGUUCUGCAUUACGUGCAUCUGGUGCUGAACCUGGCUCUCGUAUUGGGAUUUAUGGAUCAAAUUGCCCUGAAUGGAUUGUGGCAAUGGAGGCUUGCAAUGCUCACAGUUUGAUCUGUGUGCCUCUCUAUGACACCCUUGGGCCAGGAGCUGUAAAUUUUAUAAUAGAUCAUGCUGAGGUUGAUUAUGUUUUCAUCCAAGAUAAGAAAGUUAAAGAACUACUGAAUCCUGAUUGUAGAUCAUCUGAACGGCUAAAAACUUUGGUUUGCUUCACUUCAUUGACUGAAGAAGAGAAGGAAAAGGCAACUCAGAUUGGGAUAAAACCAUUCUCCUGGAAGGAAUACCUCGAUAUGGGAAGAGAAAACCCAGCAGAGAUUAUUCCACCACAGAUCCAUAAUGUUAGCACAAUUAUGUAUACCAGUGGUACCAGUGGAGAUCCAAAAGGUGUUGUGUUAACACAUGAAACCAUUGCCUUUUCUGUUAGAGGGAUUGACCUCUUUUUGGAACAGUUUGAAGAUAAGAUGACAGGAGAUGAUACCUAUUUAUCAUUUCUGCCUCUGGCUCAUAUCCUUGACCGCUUGAUCGAAGAAUACUUCUUCCACAAAGGUGCUUCUGUUGGCUAUUAUCAUGGGGAUCUUAAUGCGUUGGGGGAAGAUUUAAUGGAACUAAAGCCAACACUUUUUGCUGGGGUACCAAGAGUUUUCGAAAGAGUGUAUGAAGGUAUAAAGAAAGGAGUACAACAACUCAAUCCAAGAAGGAGGGUGAUUUUUGAUCUUCUUUAUAAGUACAAACUUGCUUGGAUGAACUGGGGAUACAAAAACAAAAAUGCUUCACCUUUAGCAGAUCUUUUAGCCUUCAGAAAGAUAAAAGCUAGACUAGGUGGCCGUGUUCGCCUUAUAAUAUCAGGAGCAGCUCCUUUGAGUUCUGAAAUCGAAGAAUUCUUGCGUGUUACAAGCUGCGCCUUUGUUGUCCAAGGCUACGGGUUAACAGAAACUUGUGGACCAACAACUAUAUCCUAUCCUGAUGAAAUGAGCCUAGUUGGUUGUGUUGGACCAGUAUCAGUCUACAAUGAGUUGCGCCUAGAGGAGGUUCCUGAAAUGGGCUACAAUCCACUUGGAAAUCCUGCUCGCGGUGAGAUAUGUCUUAGAGGGAAGUCUGUUUUUGUUGAGUACCACAAAAAGCCUGAGCUAACAAGAGAAGCAAUUAUAGAUGGUUGGUUCCAUACAGGGGAUAUAGGGGAAAUGCUUCCAAAUGGAGCUAUUAAGAUAAUUGAUAGGAAAAAGAAUCUUAUAAAACUGUCUCAAGGAGAGUAUGUUGCUCUUGAGUACUUGGAGAAUGUUUAUGGUAUUACUCCAAUUGUUGAAGAUAUUUGGGUAUAUGGGAACAGCUUCAAAUCAUCUCUAAUUGCAGUAGUUAUACCUAAUGAAGAAAACACCAAAAAAUGGGCGUAUGAAAAGGGUCAUAUGGGUUCAUUUUCUGAGUUGUGUCAGCUUGAUCAGCUGACCAAUUAUGUGCUUUCAGAGCUAAAGUUAACAGCUGAGAGAAACAAGCUAAGAGGGUUUGAAUUCAUCAAAGGAGUCAUUCUAGAUCCUCAACCUUUUGACAUGGACAGAGACUUGGUGACAGCAACAUUGAAAAAGAAAAGAAACCAGCUUUUCAAAUUAUAUCAGGUCCAAAUUGACGAGCAAUACAAUAAAUUGGGUGGGCGCAAAUGAAUAAUUGAAAAGUUCAUGGUUGGUGAUGAACAAAGGAAUACAAUGUAACAAAAAACAAACAUUUAAAAGGGAUUAUUUGAUAUUUAAUGGUGUUAUUAUAAUAAUCCCUGUUAUGUUUUUUUUUUUAAUGUAAUAGUGUGUAUUAUAUUGAAAAUACUAUUUACUUUGAGUAAUAAAGAUACUUUUUCUUUCUUCC